UCGGCAAUUGGCGGACAAUGGGCCCGGCAUUCAGCGCCGCACCGCCGCGUCGCCCGCAUGCCCACGUCGCGCCGCCUGCUCCCGCCGCGCUGGUUGCGCGGUCGCCGCUCGCCCCGGCCCGACGACGAUGACGCCCGCGCCGGCACCUGGAGUCCGCGCCCCAACAUGGACCGCCCUCGCUUAUCACGUGUCCUCAGCUCGCCGCCCCUUCAAAACCAACCUCAAGACGAGGCAACACUCGAGAGAGGAGACUUUCCAUCGAUGGGGCAUUUGGAAUAUGUCUCUUAUGGCUCCUCACCACCUGCAGAGAGCGCCCCUAAUAUGUAUGACAGUUUUGAAGAGCCUCCGCUCGACCUAACUGCGCAUAUUUGUGCGGAGUCAAUACGUCAGAGCGCACAUGAACAAAUGAGAGCCGUCGGCGGUCGAUUGAGACUGCUAGACGAAUUGGAAUCGGGGACCAUUACCGUGGAGACAGCGAUCGAUACAUUUUCUUCUUCCACCGAGGCAGAGAAAAAUGUAUGCCUGUUUUGGGCAGCGUUUCUGAAACUCUCACAACUUUUACCAAUACUUGUAGAAGCGGGCGCGGAUCCGAUAUAUUGCGACGCGCUCGGUUUAUCGCCGUUGCAUGUAGCAGCCUUCAGCGGGUCCACGGAAUGUGCUAACUUUUUGCUUUCCCGUGGCGUGGACCCUAAUUACAUGCCACGAUGCUUUGCGCCACUCCACUGCGCGGCGUUCGGAGAUUCAGUGCAAGUGGCUAAUUUACUAAUCAGUCGAGGUGCCUCAGUCCAUUCCGCGGUCAAAUACGUGAAUUGUGAAGGUGGUUUACUUCAUUGUGCAGUUCGAGCGAAUUCUGUGGAAUGUCUUAAACUGUUUAUUUCACACGGCGUAGACGUAAACCUAAUUGAGCCUGGCGGUACGAACGCCAUCCACCUUGCCGCUGAUCUGGGAAUGCUUCAAUGCCUUGCAAUCUUACUGGAUACACCCGGAGCAGAUCCAAAAGUUAGGACGAGAGUUGGAGACAGGGAGUCGACUGCUUUACAUCUAGCCGCUGACGGUGGAUUUGCAGAAUGCGUUGAUCUCUUACUCUCUAAAGGAGCCGAUGCUAGCUUGAAGAAUCACAGAGGCUUUACAGCUUUGCACCUAGCGGCGCGCGCAGCUAGUUUGGAAUGUGUUGAAUCACUGUUGAGACAAGGGAAAGCUGAUCCAAAUGCAAAUGAUUUCGAUAACCGGACACCACUUCACGCCGCUAUCGGAAAAUGUGAUUCAGCUUGUGAUAUCAUUGAAACAUUGAUUAGUUGGGGUGCAAAUGUCAACAAAAAAGACGAGUAUGGCUUUACGCCGCUGCACCUCGCAGCACUCGACGGUCUCUCGGCUUGCGUUGAGACGCUCAUAUAUCACGGCGCUGACGUCACAACAAGAUCUAAAAAAGGAAACUCUGCUCUCAACGUAAUAGCCCGCAAGACCCCAGCGUCACUAGCUAUGAUCACGCGGAAGCUUGAUUGCGCUAUCACUCUACAUCAUUCUCAGACUACUAAUAGAGAAGUAGAGCUUGAACUUGAUUUCCGUAGCAUUUUACAACAUUGCUACCCACGGGAGAUCAGUUAUCUUAAUACAUUUGUAGAUGAAGGACAAAAGGAAGUAUUAUUACAUCCGCUAUGUUCAGCUUUCCUGUAUAUCAAGUGGGAAAAGAUACGCAAAUACUAUAUAGCUAGAUUAUUUCUCAGUUUCAUAUUCGUUCUAUGUCUAACAUUGUACGUCCUGACAGCGCUUGCGCAUAAUUGCUACAAUGGCAGUAAAGAUAUGGAGGAAACUAUACAAGAGCAGGAAUUGUGUCAGAAGCAAUCCAUUCUCGGAGAUCUUUUGAGGAAAAAUCCCUUCGUCAUUGAAAUGCAAUGGUGGGUGUUGGCCGGGAUUACGAUUUUCGAGAUUUUUAGGAAAGUAUAUGGUAUAGCCGGUUACUCCACCAUCAGGCAAUAUCUCAUGCAGUCGGAGAAUAUAAUAGAGUGGUUUGUGAUCAUAAGUGUUUUUCUCAUAUCGUACAUCUAUACAAACAUAACGUACACUUGGCAAAACCACAUCGGUGCUUUUGCGGUGCUCGCCGGAUGGACAAACUUGAUGAUGAUGAUCGGGCAGCUACCAGUUUUUGGUACUUACGUGGCUAUGUACCAAAAAGUUCAAAAAGAAUUUGCAAAAUUACUGAUGGCCUACUCAUGCAUUCUGGUUGGAUUUACCAUAAGCUUUUGUGUCAUUUUCCCAGACUCUUCUUCUUUCGCUAAUCCAUUUAUGGGGUUUAUUACCGUUUUGACGAUGAUGAUUGGAGAGCUUAACUUAGAUUUAUUGCUAAACGAGCCGGACGGGAAUGACCCUCCCCUGUUUUUAGAAUUCUCGGCGCAAAUAACAUAUGUGUUAUUUCUUCUAUUCGUCACCGUCGUGCUUAUGAACCUACUAGUAGGUAUAGCGGUACACGAUAUUCAAGGUUUACGGAAGACAGCGGGGCUCUCGAAGCUCGUCCGGCAAACAAAACUAAUAUCAUACAUGGAAUUGGCCUUGUUUAAUGGGUACCUGCCUAAAUGUCUGUUAAAAAUACUCCACUCGUCGGCUCUCGUAUCGCCACAGGCUUAUAGAGUUGUGCUAAGUGUUAAGCCCUUAAAUCCUAGCGAGAAAAGGCUGCCGAGGGACAUCAUGAUGGCGGCAUACGAUAUAGCGAAAAUGAGAAAACAGUAUGGCCAUACAAUAUCUUCAAAUGGAUCGACUACUGGAGCAUAUUCGUGUUUUAAAAAGUAUGAGAAUAACAAUGAUUCUAGUUACCGAGAAUACGGGUAUUCGUCAGGAUAUUCCGGUUUGGGAAGUCUGCAAGUGAGGCUUGAUGAAACUUCCGAGAAUGUUCGCCAGCUGACGCAGGAAGUUCGUGAGCUGAAGAAAUUGAUCAGUGCCCAGCAACUGGUCAUCCAGCAAGCGCUUGCUGUUACGAUUGACUCUCGUUGAUGAUAUAAUGGCGCACCGUUUAGUUUCAAUGCCAUCGUACACAAGUCAAUAAACUAACGCAUUGUUGUAUUGUUAUGUUACUCUCGUUAGACGGGUUUGGACUUAAUACUUAGAGGUGAUAUUUUUGUUUUAAGGCUAGUUUUAAGUAUAUACGAUGCAAUCGGCAUCAAAUGCAUUGUACCGAAGAAGUACCUAGUU